AUGUCGUUGGUAUCCAAAGAGGGUUACGUCGUCUCGGACGGCUACGUUGUCUCUGACGGGUUUGAUGAGACAUCCACCGUUCUCACCACUAUCGUGACUACCGUAAUCUCCACACUGUCGCCCGAGAGUACAGUGGGACAUGAUUAUGGGAUCAACUCGACGAAGUAUCCACCACCACACAAUUGGACACCGCCGAAUACGACAACGAAACCGAUAAGAAUGGGUAACACUGCAUCGGCCAAACAGGUCGCUGACCAAGUCGCAUAUGGAAUCAUCGCCUGCGUCACCGUUGGCGUCCUUCUGGUCAUGCUCUACAUGUGCAUUUUCGGUCAACGGUGUCGAGCCACUGCUAUCCGUUGGCACGUGCUGAAUUGUAGUGUUUGGGGGAUACUACAUCUGAUAUCGUAUUGCUCGUUCGCCGACAAAGCACCAUGGCCCAACUACAUCACCAAUCAGGACUGGAGAGACACCGCCAAACAGGUCGAGUGUUUCACUCGAUCCGUGUUUCCAGCCGGCAUGGUCUUUGUCUAUUUGGAGCAAAUCAUACUUACCAUUGCUCCAAAACUGGCAAACUCUCUGAUCUUCAACGCAAUCUUCUUCCUUCUCCUCAUUCCGUUCCUCAAUGGUCUCAUGAUCUUCUUGUAUUUUGCUCAUUACAUGGACGUCGUCUGGUGGUACGAACCAAUUGAUCUCUUCAACCUGGCAACAUAUCUCAUCUUCGUCACCUUCACCUUCAUCUACUUUAUCUUCUGCUUGUUUGGAACCUGCUUGUGCUGUGCUACAAUGACUUCAAAGAGACCAUCAUCGCGCACCACCGGAACCUUCGCUGACAUGUGGCUCCUCUUCCCCUACGGCUUGAUCCCCUCCAUCAUGUACGGUCCAUCGUUCGGUAUGACAUCUGUCAGCUUCGCCUUGAAACAUCUUCUCACCUGGGUCAUGGAAAGUGGUCUCCUCACCGGUGGCGGUGGAAACUCUUCCGGAGACAGCAUGAUUGACAUGAACCUUCUGAUGCAAGUAGCGACCAACGCCAUCCUCGCCAUGCCCUGGUUCGUCCUCCUCUUCCCAUUGGUUCAAUCGAUUCUCGCUCUUGUUUGUGUUCGAAUGUUCCGUGAGCAGUUUUUCUUCAUGAUCACCUGCGGUCGUUUCUUCGAGGGAAAACAUCACAAGAUCGGAAUGACUAAAGACGAAUGGAAUGUGACCUCGAUCGGACCACCACCACUCUACCCCAACUCGCUUUCGUCUUCUGAAAAGCAAGAGGCUUGA